AUAGUGUAGGGGAAGCAGUACAGGUGAUAGAGAAGAUGGAGACUAUAGCUAAAGAAUAUGGACUAAAAGUAAAUAAGCAGAAAAGCAAUAUUAUCAUUUUUAAUAUGGAAAACAAACCAGAAAAUAUAGGGGGCAUUAGUGUUGGGGAUAGAAUUAAAUAUUUAGGAAUAAUAGUCAAUGACAAGAGGAACUGUUUUCAAAUGCAAAAGGAAGAAAUGUUCAGGAAAGCGAGAAGGCUAGCAAAUAUGACAUACAAUGUAAUUGAAAAGAGCUGUUCAAGAAUGUUUAUAGGAAAGACAUAUUGGAAAAAUGUUGCACUGCCAUCCAUCCUGUAUGGGGUAAAUAUAAUAAACAUCACAAAGACAGACAUAAAAAAGUUGCAGAGGAUAGAGAAUGGGGUGUACAGGAAGAUUUUGAGGGCACCAAUGUAUGCACAGGAAGCAGUACUCAGGGGUGAGAUAGGAAGCUCCAGUGUUAAAAACAGGAUAAGGGAGGGACAGUGGAAGUACUUAAGGUAUGUUCUUGUGGAAGGAAACGAUUUGGUGAGAAGGGUGGGAGAGGAGAUGAUAGAGAAGAGACAAAGUAGGUGGGUGAAAGAUUUGUUGAAUGAACUAAGAGCAACAGAGGGACUGAGUGUGAGUGUGAGGAAUGAGACAAAGGAGAGUAUAAAGCAGAGAAUGAGAGAGGUGGAUACAAGAGAGUGGAAGAGGCAAAUGAAUGAGAAAGCAAGCCUUAAGAUAUAUAGAAAAUGGAGACAGGAGUUGGGAGGACAAGAGGAGGUAUACACCAACAACCAAGCCUCAGAAGUGCUAUUCAGAUGCAGGACAAACAACAUGCAACUAAAAGACAGAAACAGACACCGGCAAGAGGAAACCAAGUGUGACAUGUGUGAAGCUGAAAACGAAGACCUGCGACACUUCCUGCUCUGGUGCCCGGCCUAUGCAGAGGAAAGAGCAAAGUGCGUGAGGCUGCAACAGCCUUACGAGGAAGAAGAGGACGACACCAUUGGAAAAAUUUUAUUUGAAAAUGAACACACCGAACAAACGAAAACAACAGUACACAAGUUUUGGACAAUAAGAGAAAAAAGAAUGAAAGAAAAAGGAAAAUAAUAGACCCAGACAGUAGACACAUCAGGGAGUGCCGUUACAAAGGCAAAACUCCCGACCGACUACUACUACUAGGCCUGACUCUCCAACGGGUCACCUGUACAGCAAGAGCAAGAGAGCAAACACUUUUGAAGCUGCGUUCUGGAAGCUGCCUGUGGAAGGACUGACGGGGCUCUAGAGGCUGUGGGCCCACAGCCUAACUAGCCCCAUAAAACACCCACGAAGAAGAAGAAGAAGAAGAAGGAGAAGGCCAAAAGGGUGGUUCAACUAUACUGUUGAGGAAUAUGAGUUGGCCUGCAGACAAAGGUUUGCAGAAGACAACAUCCUGUAUGAGUCGCUGAGGACCAGAAAGCAUGCCUCUGGACUUAAGUGUGCUGAGCAGCGGAAAGUUUUGCGAUGGGCAUGUCACUUCCAGUGGGAUGAAUAAGGCAAGUGAUUGUUUUUGAUUGAUCAUAUGUUUGAAAGUCUGCUGUUAUCUGGAAUAAAUAAAAGCCAAGAUUUGAAAUUAAAGUGGUUAUGUGUUGAAGAAUGUACACUUUUGUGGCAUUUUGUGUUCAUGAUUUUCUCAUCAGCUUAAUAAUGAUUUAUUUUGAUAAUUCAGUUAGUAGAGGAAAGGGAGAAGGGAUUGAUUUCAUUGCUGUAGUAUAAGGUAUGCAAUGGUAUACUGAUUAGCAAUAAAGAGAUCCCACUUUUCCUCAUGUAGGAGAGAGAUAGACUGCUUCUUUUAUGCCAGUGUCCCUACCCGCUGCUCAUUAGUGGCAAGGUCCAGCUCAUUGACAGAGGUUGUGUCCCAACUACCUGGAGGAGUUAAAUUUAAUACAACUUAAAUACCACCUCAGGUCCUCAAGGUGAUAGGACGUGCUCUGGCUAGCUCUUGGGUUGACCGUGUCUGGUUGGAUGAGUUACAGUGGUGCAGUGAGGGGAGGAGGCUUGGCCGGUAGGGUACAGUUGAGUUGGUGAACUCUCUCUUGGAGAGAAUUGAAGAGUUGGAGAGGACUGUGGAGGCCAUGAGGAAGGAAAAUAGAGUCCUUCAUUCAUCAGGUCCCCAGACAAGCGAUGUACAUAGUACACCGUCACAAGAUGGGGGCUGGCAGGUAGUCAAGAGCCAUGGCAGCU